AUGGAAAAGACCCAUUCGUCGCGGCGUUUAGUAACAGAUCAUAACUAUCUCAUAGAGUGGUGUACUAAUAUAUGUUUAUUUGCUGUCAUCUGCGCUUUUAUCUUGUACGCACCCUUAGGAACUCCAGAUUUCUACUGUGAGAAGGUCAAUCAGUGUAGCUGCCUUUUAGAAGAGUCAAAUCUAUCAGGACAGCAUGAUAGAGUAGCAGCUUGUCUUGUUUGCGCUUACUAUAAUGUUUUAACGAGGCUUUCAGAAACCAUUUCUGAAUAUGUUAGCUUCAUUUGUAAUCUUAUUUUAGAAAUGAGCUACGAUUUCAAGUUAGGAAUCUAUAAGCUAUUGGGGAAAAUUGACAGAAGUGAUUUGUGUCGAAGUGCUGGGUGUGAGAAACUGCAACGGGUUGAAGGCUGUCGUUGUGACAAUAGGAAGGCUGAUCUGCCCGUCUACGAAUACGUUCUGUUGAUUGCACAAAGCAGAGAUAUUGGUGCUUUCUUCAGAGAUUCAGCUGAACGAGUGAUAAAGAUGCUGUCUCUUAUCAGAAUGUAUGUGAACAUUGCUCUACUAGUCACGGGAUCUGCAGACACAAAAUUUUCGAAUCAGCGUACAUCGCGGAGUAUUAGUACAUCAACACUGUUAGCAAAAGACUUUAGAUUAAAAUGUGAUCGUACACUGGUCGAGUUUAAAUGA